UUUAUGUUAGGGUGUUGCUCAAUUUCACAUUUUCCCCAUGUAUAAGUUCAGGCUCCUCAAUGAAGUUCAGCCUCCCCAAGUUUCCAAGUUUUAUUUUUUCCUUAUUUUACCUUAGUUGGCCUCGUUGGCAACCAGCUUACAGGGUCCUUGAGACCCUUCAUGGGCUGCAUGAUUGAUUCCGGCAAAAUUUCUGCCCUUCAACUCGAAGCAGUCCUUUAUGCAUGUCAAGCACAUGAAAGAUUUUUACCUUCUGGAGAACGCUGCGGAUAUUUAAUCGGUUUUUUAUUUGACCCAAAUGAGCUUUUUUUAUUUUUUCUAGGAGAUGGAGCAGGUGUCGGAAAAGGCCGAACAAUAGCCACAAUAAUUUUCGAAAAUUUUUUGAGAGGGCGUCGAAAAGCAAUUUGGGUCAGCGUUUCUUCAGACUUGAAAUUUGACUCUGAACGGGACAUGCGAGACAUUGGAGCGUCCAAAAUUCCAAUCCAUGCACUAAAUAAAAUGAAAUAUUCAAAAAUCAAUCACCCAGAAAAUGGGUCAGUAAAUAAAGGAAUUAUUUUUGCAACCUAUUCUUCUCUAAUUGGUGAAAGCAAAAAUCAUAAAGGUGCUGAAUACAAUACGCGUCUUAAACAAAUUGUUCAAUGGUGUGGAAGAGAUUUUGAAGGUGUUGUGGUCUUUGAUGAAUGCCACAGAGCGAAAAACCUUUGUCCUUCAGCGGGUACUCGUUCAACAAAAACGGGAAGAGUUGUGUUGGAAUUGCAACAAGCUCUGCCUACGGCGAGGAUUGUUUAUGCAUCUGCUACGGGGGCUACAGAACCAAGAAAUAUGGCUUAUAUGACACGACUUGGACUUUGGGGUCCAGGAUUGACAUUUGGAACCUUUGGAGAAUUUAUUCAUUCUGUAGAGAAUCGAGGAGUUGGUGCAAUGGAAAUGGUCGCUAUGGACAUUAAAUUACGCGGUCUUUACCUUUCAAGACAAUUAUCGUUUAGAGGGGCUGAUUUUUAUGUUGAAGAAAUUCCGUUAUCUCGUGAUUUUAUCAAUGUGUAUGACGAAUCAGCUAAAUUAUGGAUGGAAUGUAGACGACAAUUUGCGAAAGCACUAAACCAAAUUCCUGACUCAAGCGCUGGACGCCAAAAUAUUUGGGCACGUUUUUGGGGUGCACAUCAACGCUUCUUCAAAUAUUUGUGUAUUUCUGCUAAAGUCGAUGCUUGUGUUCGAAUAUCCUUACAAGCAAUAAAAGAUGGAAAAUGUGUUGUUAUUGGGCUUCAAUCAACAGGGGAAUCGCAUAUUUUGGAUUUUUUGGAAGAAAAUGGAGAAGUUACUGAAUUUGUUAGUACAGCCAAAUCUGUUUUACAAUCUCUGGUUGAAAAUCAUUUUCCAACACAUAAUGAUAGUAGUGCUAUUGAUGAUUUUCAAAGAAUGUUUUUGUGCAGUUCUAGACAUAGGAAAAGAAAAAGAAGCUCAAAUUUUACGGGAGAAAAUUAUUCAGAAGAAUAUGGACAUAAAAGAUCAAAAAGUGGCCUAUCUUUAAUUCAAAGUGAAUUAAGUGAAAGAUUAACUGCUGAACGUGAAAGUGGUGGAAAUAGUGAAUAUGAGGAUGGGGAAAAUAGUGAUUAUGAAGAAGAUGAUUAUAGUGAAGUUAAUACAUCUGGAAGUGGAGAAGAAUCGAAGGAAGAAAGUGAUGAAGCUAAUUCUGAAUUUUCUGGUUUUUUUAAAUAUUUUUUUUGCAAAAUUUUCUGUAAAUUUCUAAGGAAAUUUUAA